AUGCCCGGAAUCCUGCCUAUGAAAGUUAUCAAGGUCGGCAGCACCUCGCAGAGCCGUAUCGCCCAGGCCUGCGACCGCUGCCGAAGCAAGAAGAUCCGCUGUGACGGCGUCCGACCGUGCUGUACGCAAUGCGCCAACGUCGGCUUCGAGUGCAAGACCAGCGACAAACUAAGCCGUCGAGCGUUCCCCCGCGGAUACACGGAAUCGCUGGAGGAGCGUGUCAGAGCGCUGGAGAGCGAGGUGAAGGACUUGAAGAACCUGUUGGACGAGAAGGACGAGAAGAUCGACGUCCUGUCCCGCAUCCAUUCCUUCUCUUCGUCGCAUCAAAAGUCCCGAUCGCCGUCCGUGCCGGUUAAGACCGAUGCAUCCAACCCCAACGAGGAUUUGAUUCAGGUGCCGCAGCCGGAGGAAACGGCUGACGAGGAGUGUGCUGGCGUCUCGAAUACUCAUGGCUUCUCUAAUACAUUUACCAACAGACUCAUGGAGCAAGGUCGAUUGCCCUCGAAUGUCUCGACUCGUGCUCUGAAGGCCUCGCCACCGCCUAUUUCGCAUUCCCGUGUCGACCAGGAGAUCAAGACUGCGCCUCGCUUGGUGUCCGACCAACUCAUCAACAUCUUCUUCCAGGAAUGGGCCCCUCUGUACCCGGUGGUGCACAGGCCCACAAUCCUCAAAGCUUACGAGCAGUAUCUAUCAAAUACGGAAUUCCUGCAAAGCAAUAAGCAUGACAUGACGCAAUUGAACUUGAUCUUUGGCAUCGCCGCUCUUGCUUCGAUUGUAAGAUUGGACUCCUUCCCCCGCACUGAGUCGGCACGCUUUCGAGACCGACAGGCUAACCUCAACCUACAACAGUCGAGGACCAACCAGGAUCCCACCUUCUUUGAAGACAAUUGGUCGCCCACUUUGGAAUUGCUUUCGAGUGAUAUCUCCAUUUCCACGUUGCAGUGCUUCGUUCUAGCCCAGAUCUAUUGUAUGACCAAGGGUGACUACACUAGCCUUCUGCGCUAUCGGAGUCUUUCUGUUGGCAUUUGCCAUCAGUUGAGACUCCAUCAAAGCCAGAAGCGCUUCUCGGCGAAUUCCCUCUUGGCUGAGACCCGCAAGAAGGUGUUCUGGUGCCAAUACGUACUCGACCGUUUCACGGCCGCCUUGACCGGGUUGCCCGUCUCUCUACGCGAGGGCGACAUCCGUACUGAGUACCCUGAGGAUAUCGAUGACGAGAAUGUCACGGAAACGGGCUUUUUGCCGACGCUGCCUGGCGAGUCGACCCGUGUGUCAGGUGCCAUUGCCCUGUUCGCUGCCUCGAGGGUAUUGAAUAAAGCCUUGGAGGAUUUGUACCCUUCAGAUGGCGGUUACGACAUCCCCGUGUCCAAAAUGCGUUCGGUUGCAGGCCAACUGGACCAGUGGGUUCAGGCGUUGCCCGCUCACCUUCGCCUGGAAUUCUCUCAGGAUAAACCUAGCACGAACGUGACAAGUAGCCGUUCGCCGCUUUUGUCCCUUGUAUACUACUUUAUUCGUUCUUUGAUCCAUCGUCCCGCUGUCUGCUUCGGCGAGGAACAUAUCCGCUCGCCAUCUGUGCUCGCCAUCGCCGACUCGAGUAAGCACAUCAUUCAAAUCUUGGAGCUACUUGACGAGCGGCGUCUUUGUCUUUCCGUCAGCAUCAACCGCAAAGAGUUGGUAUUUGCUUGUGGUUUGGGACUUCUCUGGCAGAAUCUCGGCCUCAAGCGCGACAGCAAGCUUGUCAAGGAAAGCCAAAAGCUCCUGACGACUGUGGUCGACCAGAUCGAGCCCGAGUCAUCGCCUGCCGCCGCGGAAUUUAGCGUCCUGGCGAAAAUCUUGGUGUCGCUGGAUAGAACCAAGCGUGCGCCCUCCAGUAAACCCCAAGAAAUGUCGCCACCGACUCAGAAGCCCUUGAAAUCUCCUAAGAAGCACUUGCAGUCUUGGAAGAACCGGUUAGCUGGUCAUGCUAGUGUGGACCAUCCAAGCAAGCAGGACUCCCCGUCGCGCCGGGCCACGAUCUCUGGCGUGAGUCCGCAGGUCUCCCAACAACGGGUUAGAUCUUCCAGCUGGACCAGUUUGCCGCCCGACAAUUUCCACCCGAUCCACGUUCCUACUUACGCGGCGCCUACGGGUAGCUACGACCCGAGCCAGGUAAUCGCCAGCUCGGCCCCGGCGGACGGAACGUCGGGAACGAUGACAAUGUCGGACUGGGAGUUCGUGCUCAGCGACAUGGACCGCGGGUACUCGAACAUUUUCACCGGCAUUUACGGCGGAAAAGAGUGUGGAGAAGACAGCGGGCCGUUCGCGUCGCUGACCGCCGAGUACGGACAAAAACCGGACCCCCGAGGCGUGCCGCUGGCUGCACCGCCAGCGGAGGUUCAGGGACUGUCGCCCGAAGCCUGGUCGGCCACCAGUGGCAGUGACAUGCCGUCCAACCAGGAUGUCGUGGCGCAAAGUGUGUUCAGCUACUCGGACGAGAGCAUGGGCAGCGCGGAGGACGGCGUGGCGUACCAUGACAUGCGGCUGUCUCCGGAAGAGCAGGCCACUUUAUUGGAUCCGUUCCGGGGGGUCAUGAUGCCGGCGGUGGAGGACGAGGCGGACGACUUUGGCCUGGGCGGAUGGGAUCGGCGACUAGCCGUUUAA